ACUAAGGCUAAUGUUACAUUAUUAGUAUACAUGAGUUGUGUUAGACUAAGAGGAAUAUUAGUAGACAUGAGACCAAUGCAGGAGAACAUCAAGGUGCUUUACUUUGCAAACAAAUGUCUGGAGCCAUAUGUAGAGAUCAUCACAGGGAAGGAUGCAGUGAAGUGUCGACGGAGCGUGUGCAGCUCAGAGGAGGGUAACCGCUCUGAGGACGAGGAGCCUGAGGACUUACUUCCUGUUCUCCGAAACCACAGCCAGCUCCUCAAUGACCACCACAUCGAGAGUCUAGCCAAUCACAUGCCAGCAAGGACACAGGGGUAUCCAUGGAACCUGGUCUACAGCACAGCCAUUCAUGGCACCAGCCUGAAGACUCUGUACAGGCAAAUGGCCCACAUCGACAGUCCUGUGCUUCUGGUCAUCAAAGACAUGGAAAAAAAGGUGUUUGGUGCCUUCUCCUCCCAUCCCUUCAGAGUGAGUGACUGUUGCUACGGAACAGGAGAGACUUUUGUCUACAGCCUCGACCCUGCAUUCAAGGCCUACAGGUGGAGUGGUGAGAACUCGUACUUCAUUUGGGGGCAUAUGGACUCUCUACAGAUUGGUGGAGGAGGGGGGCUUUUUGGCCUGUGGCUGGAUGCUGAUCUGUACCACGGUGCCAGCUACUCCUGUCACACCUUCAACAACCAGCCCCUGUCCACCCAGCAAGACUUCAUAGUGCAGGACCUGGAGGUCUGGACUGUCCAGUAAACAGAGCGAGACACUGAGAGACUCAGAAGCGGAAAAGAGAGAGAAAAAAGCCAGAGCCAUUUCUAUCUAUGGUUUACAAAUGGCUUUACUUGUGUUCAGUGAGGUUUAGCCUGUGUUCAAGCUGUUAGAGUACAGUAAGCUUAAUUCAUAUAUGAACGGACAAAGCCAUCGAUCACGUGACACCAAUCAUUGCUAUGUGAAAAGUCAAUAGUGCAUUUGAAGCCAAGGAAGUCCGUUAAGAUGGCGUCUCAUGUGGGAGAUUUACGUAGGCAUAACAUGCUUAGUUUGAGCUACUCCAGAAUGUGACACUGCAGGCUAGCUCAGUGCUGCCCCCUCUCAUUGAAUAUUUCACGUUGAAGGCAGAUUGGGGUAAUGCACACUGCCAUUAGCUACGAAAUUAUGAAAAUGACUUAUUCUGUGUGCGAUUUUAAAAUAAUCGGUUCAAGCACAUACAUAUGGUAUAAUAGAAUCAAUUAUUAGUACCAUUAUUGUUUUGUUUGUUAUUAUUUUAUUUACACAAAGAUUGACCAUGAAGAUUGCCAUCUUCCCAUUCACUAUAAUGGUGAUCCUGUGUUCUGCAAAUAAUGCCUGCAGUACUGUGGUUGGCCUUGAAUGAGAGGGGGCAAUCAUUCUCCUCUGGGUUUGUCCUGUGUAAAACCUGGUCGAGUGACUUUUAGGCUGGUUUUACCUGUGUUUUACUAGCGCGUAACCUAUUAUACCAGCAUUAACUUGGGUUGUAUCUGUGUUUUGCCUGGUUAACUGAGGACUGUAUGGUGAAAGAUAGACAGGCUGUUUUACAGGGUCCUACUGUUUGCUGCUCAAUACCUGCUACUGAACAAGCUCUGUCCAAUACCAACAUUACAACUGGUUCUAGACAUCUACAUUUUAAACCCUCAAUCAAUCCUUUGUUAUGAACAGCAUUUACAACCAAAGCCCAUUUUAGAGUAAGAUCCUAUUCUCAUUACAAUUCCAUCAUAAGCUUUAAACUUUAUAGAGGCUAAGAUGAAAACACUGCUGUACUACCCAACUAAUUUAGACUACUAUUUUGUAUUUAUUUAUUUGUCUUGGUUACAAGGGUACAACAUCAGAUGCCCCCUAGGGAUUCCUCACACACACAACACUCAGGUCCAGAAACAGCCACGGCAGAGUACUGUCUCUUAGAACUGCUAAAAGCACCUGUGGAACUAAAACCUUUAGAAAUACCUGGAAGUCCAUUCACUUGUGGCCUCUAAUGGUUUGUACUAAAGGUAUGGGUUUAAAUCCCAUGUUAAAUGUUUUCUUACAUUUCUAAAAGAGAAUAAUGAAAAAAAAUGUAAAGAACGAAACAGGAUAUAAGAUGUACCAAUUAUUUUAAUUUGGCAUGUUCUUCACAU